UGAAGGACGUGCAGAAACGUCAGAACAAUGCAAUUCUGGAAAAUUACAUUUUAUCAGGUGUUAGCGGUAACUGUAGUGCAAGCGAAAUCUUUGAAUUUGCACCGAAUUCUCAACUGAUUUGGGUUCUUAGGACUCUUAUUUUUUGUUUAUCUAGACAGAGAUCCAAACUUGGCAAUUUUUGUAUUAUAAAUUUCCGCUAAUAUUGACACGUUCUUACGUGACGCGGGGGUAACAGUCGAAUGAAACAAGAUCACCGCACUAUCAUAGACGGGAGACGGCAGAGUUAGCAUAAACCUCAGCCGCUCUCCUUGUUUACAUGUGCCGGAUUCGUCAGAAGACUUCUUUGAGAUCAACGAAAGAAUGUCACAAUAGGGAGAAACUAGAGAGACAAGCCAUUGAAAACUGGAAUGGCUAGGGAAUCUAACGCGCAUCUAGUCUGGCUUUGGAUCACUUUGUUCGUCGGAUGCCAUUUCAAAGCAACCGCACAGCCUGAUCACUCGGGAAUUUGCCACGAACAACACAGGGUGUGCGUCCGGGAUGGUCAGUUCCAAAACUGUACGUUUAGCAGGCUUGUACCAAGCAUAUCAAAAAAGGAGCUACUUAACAUCAGCAUCAGAGUCAAUGGUCUGGCAAAAUUUACAUGCUUACAAACAAACAAUGAAGCAAGUUUAACAACUGUUCCCCACUUCGACUGGAUAAAAUGGACCAACACACCAUCUGCAGAUAACCUUGAUGUUGAUUUUGGAAAUUUCACAAGCAUUAUUUCAAACUCAAAAUACACCAUCACACCUGACACCAAGGAAAACUUACAUGUUUCAUACCUAACCAUUGACAAUGUCACAGAAUUUGAUGUGGGAUUGUAUUCUUGUGUUGUAUGCAACUCCUAUGGAAGAGUUUACCAAAGUGCCUCACUUAGUCUCAACACAACAUUGGACCCAGUUCAUACUUCCACUUCCAGCACACCAAAAACUGUUGAUUCCAGGGCACUUACAACACAGUCUACAAGUCAAAGCAUGGCAUCUCGGCAAAUAAGAGUAAUUGUGGGUUGCAUAGGAGCAUUUAUGGGUGUUAUUCUGUUGGCUAUAGCCGUCUUUUUCUUUAAAUGGAAACAGAAAGAAAAGAAAAAUCAAGGAUUGCCAAUAAUCCUCCAGGAACCUAACUUACCAGAAGAAGGGAUUGAUGGUACACCUCCCUUGUCAGUUAACUUUCAGAAUGGGCACUUAGUAGCAUCCACACAAAGACACUCACUUUUACCCUUGAUACACAAGAGACACAGUAGUUACAGAUCCCAGCUAUCAUCAUCAGCAUCUGGAGGAACUGUGGUAACAUAUGCAGAUGAUUUAUUUGAUUAUCCAUUGGAUGAAAAAUGGGAGGUACCUAGAGAAAUGCUUUUUAUAAAGGAUCUAGCUGGGGAGGGUGCAUUUGGUUAUGUCGCAAAGGCAGAAGCUUUUCAAUUGCCAAAUACUCCUACACCUUGUACUGUUGCUGUAAAGAUGCUGAAAGAAGAUGCCACUGAUGCUGAAUUGUCUGAUCUGAUCUCUGAAAUGCAAACUAUGAAGGAAAUAGGAAGUCAUAAGAACAUAGUGAACUUUCUUGGAGCCUGUACUGUACAAGGUCCCCUAUAUCUCAUUGUUGAGUAUUGCCCACAUGGAAACCUACGUGACUUCCUUCGUGAUAAUCGACCCUCUCUAAUUAAAGUCAACGAGAAGACUGCAGCUCAGUUAACACUUAGGGAUUUGUUAUCGAUUGCAUACCAAAUUGCCAGAGGAAUGAGUUACUUAUCUUCAAAAAAGUGCAUACACAGGGACCUAGCAGCAAGGAAUGUUUUAAUUGCUGAAGACUUUGUAAUUAAAAUAGCAGACUUUGGAUUGUCUAGAAAUCUGGGUAACACAGAUUAUUACAGGAGAACAACUCAUGGACGUCUUCCAGUAAAAUGGCUGGCAUUAGAGGCCCUGUUUGACCAACAGUAUACAGUCAAGACUGAUGUUUGGUCAUUUGGAAUCCUUCUGUGGGAGAUAUUCACCCUUGGUGGUACGCCUUAUCCUGGAAUUCCUGUUGAAAGGUUGUUUACAAUACUUAAAAAUGGAUAUCGCAUGGAAUGUCCAAUUAACUGUCCUGAUAAUAUUUAUAAAAUAAUGGUAAAAUGUUGGAGUGAAAGUGCUAAAAGCCGUCCUGAAUUCUUUGAGCUCACUGAACAGCUUGAUGAACUUCUCUCAUCUGAGUCAUCUCAGGAGUACAUUGAGGUCUUGGCAAAGUCAGUUGAUUGUCUGGCAGAAGUUGACAUGGAAUCUGAUCAAACAGCUGAAGCAAAUAUCAAAUAUGAAAAUCUGACAACUACAGGAGGUCAAGGAAAAGAUAUCCCUAUUUCUGACCCAAAUCUUCACUGACCACUACUCCCCUCCCUGAAAUGAUUACAACCCAGUUAGGAUCUCAUUGGAGAUAAAUAUCUGGCUGCUCUAGAGAAUCCAUAAUGCCUGAUUUAAUGGCACACAUGGAAGCAGAAUUCAUGCCAGUAAACUGCGAUAAAUUAGAAAUAAAUGAGACCUAUCUGUAACCUUUGGCAAGUGAAGAGGGUACAGUCUAACCCAAAACUUUCCCUUAUGAGGGGUACAAAUUCAGUAAAAUUCAAAUGACAGAAAUGUGCAGAACCACAUGGAUUACACUUGGGUGUGAAUAUUUUUCCUAGACAAUCAAGAACACAAGGUGCUUUGUACGAUAAAAUGAUAUAUCUCUUCAGAAAGUAUACAGCAUAAUAAUUACCAUACACAUUCGACAUGUCUCUCAGUAGAACAAAAACUUUUAGUUAGCAUUGUCAAAUGUUGACAAAAUUUCAGUCAAGUGUACAAAUUCUACAGUCAAGUUAGCUUACAUAGUUUUCCCUGUAAAAAUCUUUCUAUAAUUCUCAAGUUUACCUGUUACACAAGAGGUUGACAGAUUUUAAUACAGAUACAGCCUCUUACUAAUCUCAUGCCGGAUAACCCUUAGUAAAGUAAACUAAGUUGAACAAAAUUGAUUGUGAAGUAUACUUUAGUUAGAUACUCUAAAUAGGAUUAAAGAAAGAUAAUGUGAUUGCAAUUAUGUUAUUUAAAGUAUUGGAAGCUAAGACAGAUACUAUUAUUUAUUUAGGGAUUUAAUGUAAGUGUAGAAGACAUCAUCCCUCAUCCAUCCAAUACUUACGUAUAAUUGGUAUAAUUUCAGAGCUGAGCAAAGAGUUUCCAGCAAUCUGAUUGGUCGAGCGGUUCCUAAUAUAAGACGCUAUA